GAGUUCCUCACCGACGUUCACCAGCUUUGCAGCGCCGUGGCUCAGAGGGCGGAGUCACGGGAGAGGAGGACGAGGAGAGUCACAUGGUUGCCCUGGGCGAAUACCUGGUCAGGGGCAGGGGCUUCUUGCUGCUCAGCGCCCUGGAUUCCAUCAUCGACCAGGAGCUGACCUGUCGAGAGGAGCUGCUAACCCUGCUGCUGUCUCUACUGCCACUGGUCUGGAAGAUACCUGUUCAGGAGGAGAAGGCCCCAGAUUUCACCCUGCUGUCUCUGCUGGAAGUGUUCUUGAGCCAGGAGGUGAAUGCCGCCCCCCAGAGGGCGGGGAAAGACCAGAAGACCGGUGCGUUGCACUCUGAGAAGCAGUCCCGCGGUGGCAGCAGCAGCAGCUCCACCUGGAAGGUCCUGCGUCGCUCCCGCCGCACCGCUCAGCGCUACUCCGUAAGGGAUGCUCGUCGCUCCCAGCUCUCCACCUCUGACUCAGACGCCAACUCUGACAACAAGGCCGGCACCGGUGGCACCGGUGGAGUGCGUAGUCGACGUUCUCGCGGUUCUACGAUCCGUGUGAGCUGCCAGCAUCACCGUUCGGAGGCUCGCUUAUUACCCUCGCCUCCUGUCCCCCCUCCCGAAAAGACCAUGGCUUCGCCUUUCCCGCUCUACCCCCAACCUCGGUCGCUGGGGGGGUCCCAGACCACCCUGGACACAGAGACCCUGACUGACCCAGCUGCCAUGUCCAUAUUCAACAGGAUGGAGAACUCUCCCUUCGACCUCUGUCAUGUUCUGCUCUCGCUCCUGGAAAAGGUGUGUAAAUUUGACAUGAGCAUCAACCACAACCCGGGUCUGGCUGUCAGUGUGGUACCGACCCUCACUGAGAUCCUUACCGAGUUUGGAGACUGUUGUGGUCCGGGGGGAGGAGGAGAGGGGGUGGAGGAGCUGGCUGGAGGCUGGACAGAGGAACCCAUCGCCCUGGUCCAGAGGAUGCUGCUAAGGACCAUCCUCCACCUGAUGUCAGUGGACGUGGGUCAGAGUGAGGCUCUACCAGACAGCCUGCGACGCAGCCUGACCGACCUGCUCAGAGCCACGCUGAAGAUCAGGUCCUGCCUGGAGAGACAGGUUGACCCAUUCGCUCCCAGAACCAAGAAGACCCUGCAGGAGGUGCAGGAGGACUUCUCUUUCUCCCGCUGGAGGCACCGCUCCCUGCUGUUACCUGAGCUGCUGGAGGGUGUACUGCAGGUGCUGUUGGGGUGUCUCCAUGCCUCGGCCCCCAAUCCCUUCUUCUUCAGUCAAGCGCUAGAGCUGCUUCAUGAGUUCAUCCAGCAUCGCGGCCUGGAGCUGUUUGAGGUCACCGUUCUGAGGCUAGAAGGGCUGGGCCGCGCCCGGGAUUCUGAGGUGGGGGGUGAGGCAGCAGAUCGUCUAAAAGGACUCCUCUCCGGGGUCCUAAAGAUCAUCAGCUCCGUGAAGACCGCUAAGUCAGAGCAACUGCACCAGUCCGUCUGCGCCCGCCGUCGCCACCGUCGCUGUGAAUACUCUCACUUCCUGCAUCAUCACCGCGACCUCUCCGGACUCCCCGUCUCUGCUUUCAAACAGGCCGCCCGCCGUAACCCCUUCGAAGAGACCGAGGGGAAGGAGGGGUUGGAUGACGUGGUGCGUUACCCAGAGAGGUGCUGUUGCCUGGCAGCCUGUGCCCACCAGUGUCUCCGUCUGCUCCAGCGCCUGUCCUCCAGUGGGCCAGCGGUGCUCCAGGUCCUAGCUGGGGUCCAGGCUGUGGGGAUCUGCUGCUGUAUGGACCCUCGGUCUGUAGUCGGCCCUCUCCUCCACGCCUUCCAGGCCCCAGGGCUCCGCUCCUACCAGUCCCACAUCCUCUCUGUCCUCUCCCGGCUGAUCCUGGAUCAGUUAGGUGGUGGCCAGCCCUCUGAGAAAGCUAAGCUAGCCUCCUGUAACAUCUGUACUCUGGACAGCAGUCAGCUGCCGGGCCUGGAGGAGACGCUCCCAGGGGAGGUCGGAGUGUCGUCCCCCACUUUGAGCUACCGUUCCCAUGGUAUCCUCCCCAGCGGAGGGGGAGCAGAGGACAUGCUGUGGAAGUGGGAGGCCCUGGAGGCGUACCAGGGGCUGGUGUGGGAGGACCAGGCACUCAGCCAACAGGUCGCGGGACACAUGUGUCACUUGAUGUUGAGAGGGAACACUGUGGUCCAAUGGCAGCUCUACACUCACAUCUUCAACCCUGUACUGCAGAGGGGGGUGGAGCUAGUGCAUCACGCCCAACAACUGGGUGUGUCUACAGCGUGUAGCCAGGUGUGCUCCUACCACGUCCAGUGUCUACCUGUAGAGGUGCUACUGGUCUACCUGCAGACACUACCAACCCUGCUCAAGUCCAGGGUCAUCAGGAACCUUUUCCUGUCCUGUAACGGUCUGAACCAGGUGACUGAGCUCAUCUACCUGGACCAGACCCGGGCCUGGGCCCUCAAAGUGUUUGAGAUGUUAAUACUUGGAGUUGGAGUGGAGCACCAGGACCCGGACCCGGACCCGGAGCAUGCCAAGGCCCAGGAGAGAGAGGCCACGCUCGGCCUGGCUGAGGAGCUGGGGUCCCGUGGGGCCGGAAGUACCGCAGGUCCCAUAGGAGAGGGGGGCCCACAGAGCCUGUCUAAGUUCUACGAGUGUCUAAAAGAGGCGCGCCCAAGGAGCCGGAUUGGUCAAGGGGCAGGAAGGGGGAGGGGCCGGGGAGAGACCCAUCUGAACACCAUCAACCUCUUCCUGUGUGUGGCGUUCCUCUGCGUCAGCAAGGAGGCCGACUCGGACCGUGACUCGGUCAACGACUCGGAGGAUACGUCAGGGUACGACAGUACGGCUUCAGAGCCUCUGGGAGGGAGACUCCCCUGCCUGUCACCUGACAGCGUGGCCCUGCCCUCCAAGGAACAGGUGCGGCGUGCUGCUGACGUGUGGUCGGUGUGUCGCUGGAUCUACCUGGCGAGUCCCGUGUUCCAGAGACAGUUCUACCGGCUGGGGGGACUAGAUGUCUGUUCCCGCCUCAUGACCAUGCUCAUCCAAAAACUCAUCUCUCACACCUCGGAUGGCAAGGCAGGCAAGGCCAAGAAGAAGAGUGAUGGAAAGGACAAGACUCACCCUGACUCCUCCUCUGCCUCUAUACCAACCUCAGUUCUGACAGGUUCAACCACCACCACCCUGGGAGUAGAGGAUCCAGGCCAGCACCCAGCUGAAGCUGUGAGCCCAGGCCAGGGUGGGCAGGGAGAGGGUAAGGGGACCCAGAAGGAUCCUUCCAGGAGGCUGGAGGAAGAGUGGCCUCAACAGAGCAUCAGAAUGCUGGAGGCCCUGCUUGCGAUCUGCCUGCACAGCGCUAACUCAGGCCUGCAGAAGAUGGAACCUGAACUUUCAUUCCAGCUCCAGUCAGUGGAGGAGACCCUGCUAGAGGUCAGGGAUCAGUUGUCCCACUCUGGGGUCGUGAACUCUGAUCUGGCUGUGCCCCUGUUUGACUUACUCCUCCGUGUGGCCCUGGCCGAGGUCUGCUCCAGUCCCGAACCCCAGGAGGACAAGGCUGAGAGGAAGUUAGCAGUGUGUGUGGAGAGUGUGGUCCCGGCGGGGGAUCUAUCUGAGGCUGAGGAGGGAGACGAGGUGCAGGGGUGUGGUGAGGCUCCAGUGCUGGGGGAGGAGGAGGGAUACGAGGCAGACAGCGAGAGCAACCCAGAGGACAUGGCCAAGCAGGAAGAAGGUGUGAAGGUGGAUUCAGCAGGCGGAGCGGGGGCCGGGCUGGGUGGAGUGGUUGCGUUUGGGGCGAAGUCCCCCGGCAGAGGGGGCCGUGGCGUUCUUCUCUUCCCAGAGAUCUGCCUGAUGGAGCUCCAGCUGCUGGCGUCAGGGUCACCUGAUCUGGAGGUGUUGGGUCACGUGUUUCACAGCCUCUUGGGGGCCGUGAGGGCCAACCCCCGCAACGCUGCGCUGCUGUACCAUCAGGGAGCGGUGAAGACCAUUCUGACUGCUUUCCAGAGCAUUCUGUCACAAUCAGAUUCCAGCUAUGAAGACUGCCAGACGGUACUGGUGGAACUGCUGGUUGCCAUGAUGAGCCAACGAAUCACAGCCGAGGAACUGGCCCUGUUGAUCCGCCUCUUCCAUGAGAAGAAUCCGCCCACUGACAUCCUACUGAAAGGCGUCCUCCAGAUCGUCCAGGCCAACGUGGACAUGGAACCUCUCUACUUCCUCUCCUAUCCUAUGAUCCUCGGCGGCGCAUCUUUCUCUGGCGGUACCUCCCCUGGCUCCCGACAAAAUGGGGGGGCGGGGGGGAAGGGGGUCGGGAUGCUGUGGAAGGGGGGGAAGCUGUCCCCGGGACGCAGGGAGGGGGAUGGAAGAGAGGAACCAGGACAUCUCAGGACCUCUCCGUGGCACGUUGCCCCGUUACACCUCCCUCUGGUGGGGCAGAACUGCUGGCCACACAUGGCAUCUGGGUUCUCUGCCUCUGUCUGGAUAAAGGUGGCUAAGAAUGAAGAGGGAGAGGGACAUACAGAGAAGGAGGAGGGGAAGGCUCCUACGUUGGAGCCCAACCUGGGGACCGUCCCUGAUGGGCAGAGGGUGGUGGAGGAGAGCCUGAUGCACGUUCUCUCCAUGGGCUCCAAAGCCAUGAUGCUGCAGGUCUGGGCUGACCUCUCCACGGGAGUAUUCACUUUCAGGAUGUGUAUUGACCCUAAUGAUGAGAUGAAGGCGGGGCUACUGGCCCAGGCAGAGUCAGGGGAGGGGCUAGUCUCACCUGGCAGUUGGCAUCACCUGGGUAUCAGCUACACCCAGCAGCCUGAGGGCAAGAAGAACAUCCACGGACGCCUUGCCCUAUGGGUCAACGGAGUCAGGAAGUGUGAGGUGUCUCUGGACUACACGUUACCCAGGAAGUCCAGCCUGUCUUCAGACAGCAACAAGACCUUCUGUCUGCUGGGACACUGUACGGGACACAGUGAGGACGUGACCAGACAGGGUGGACAGUACGACAUGGGCACUGUGCUGCUCUUUAACGGCUCCCGUAUCGGGUCAGAGGAGGCAUUCUACCUGUAUGCCUCUGGUCCAGACCUCACGUCUAUCAUGCCCUGUAAGUACGGUAAGCCCAGUGGGACCUUCUCCAAGUACGUCACCACGGACAGGUUGAAGUGUGACACUGUCAGAGAGCUAAUGAUGAAGAACAAGGAUGUGGACACAGCAGCUCUCAUAGAGUGUCUGGCAGUAGUGUACGCCCCCAGCAGCCCCAGGGUGUAUACCAUCUAUGAGCCAGUGAUCCGUCUGAAGGGUCAAGCUAAGACCAUGGUGUCUCAGAGACCCUUCAGCUCUAGAGAGGUCCAGUCUGCGGUGCUGGAGACACACAUCCUCAGGACCAUGCUGCCUGCAGAACCACAGGGCCUGCAGAAUGUCCUCCACAAGAUAGGAGGAACCGGGUCCUUCGUAUUCCUCUUUGCACGGGUGGUGGAGCUAAGUGACAGCGAGCAGACCCAGGCCCUAGCCCUCCAGGUGCUCCUCUCUCUGGCCAAGUACAACCAGCACCGUAUCAAUGAGAUGGACUGUUACCACGGUUACUCCAUGAUACACCAGGUCCUCAUCAAGUCCAAGUGCAUCGUGGGAUACCAUAUUCUCAAGACCUUGUUAGAUGGGAGCUGUAGUAGUCCUAUCCUAACUCUAGGGGACGACGGUCAGUUCCACCUGGACACAGAGUCUACAGCCGUGGUCCAGGACAUCAAGCUACUGUCUGAGGUUCUGCUGGACUGGAAGAUCUGGGCCAAGGCGCAGGGUGGUGUCUGGGAGACUCUGCUGGCAGGGUUGGAGAUCCUCAUCAGGGUUCACCACCCCCAGCAGGUGUUCAACAUCAGACAGUUUCUCAAAGCCCAGGUGGUCCACCGCUUCCUGCUCACCUGUCAAGUACUACAGGAGCAUCGGGACGAGCACCUGACCUCCAUCCCACAGGAAGUGUGUCUGUCUUUCGUAAAGAUCAUCCAGGAAGUGUUGGGUUCACCUCCGGACCUAGACCUCCUCCGAUUGGUCUACAACUUCCUCCUCGCCGUGCACCCGCCCACUAACACCUACGUCUGUCAUACGCCUACAAGCUUCUACUUCUCACUACACAUAGAUGGUAAUCUGUACCAGGAGAAAGUCCAGUCCAUAAUGUAUAUGAGAAAUAUCAACAGUGGAUGGAAGUCAGCUGGUAGCUCAGUGGUCUCUCUCUCCACGGCCGUCUUCACUGAGGACCCUCUUCCUGAAGGUACCAUCCACCUUCAGCCUCCGUCACCUGAACACGGAGGAGACGACCAGUCCCUGUCCCUCCUGCCCGCCAACCUGACCCCCUCGCCCAACUCCUCCCCGUUGCUCAGGCCCUGUCUGGGCCAUGGAGGGGCUGGGAGCCCCAGGGAGGGCCAGGAAGGAGAGGGGGUGACUUUGGGAAGCACAGAGACUCUAAAGAGAGGAGGAGGAGGGGUGGGGGAGGAGCAGCUCCUGUCAAGCUGUGAGUCGGCGAAAACCAUCUGUGACUCCCGAGAGGGAGGAGAGGCACCGCAUACCCCGUCCAUCAGUAUCGAGGAGGUGGAGGUAGAUGGGGAGGAGGGGGUGGAGGAGAGGGGGGAGGUGGAUAGUCUGGUUGAGGGCAGUGUGGGCGGUGCUGAAUCUGAGGACCGUUUCGAUUGGGCGAGCGAUGAGGUGCCACAGAGGCCGGACAGUCUGAAGGGGAUCACAUCGUUUCAGAGGAGCUCCUCUAACCUGGCCAGCCUGGGCCUGGCCUUCCCUGCCCAGAAUGGGAACCUAGCCCUGGGUCGCUGGCCCAGCGUGGCCGACCGUGGGACACUACCAGAAGACUGGGAGAGCUACUCAUACUCACCUGGAUACGAGAGGGCCUACAGCAAAGACUCUAGCAACGACAGGUCCAGUACAGAGGACUGCCUGGUGUUAAUAUGCUAUGGUCUAUAUGACCUGUUGAGGGGGAUUCUGCUACUACUACCAGACCUGAUGCUGCACGAGGUGAUGGAUAAGCUGGUCCAACCUGAAGCUCUUAUCGUCCUCGUGAACCACUCCUCUCCCCUUAUACAGCAGGGGGUUAUGAAGCUCCUGGAUGCCUACUUCAGCCGAGCGUUUAAGGAGCAGAAGGAAAAGUUCCUGAAGAACCAUGGCUUCAGUCUCUUAGCCAAUCAGCUGUACCUGCACCAGGGGACUCAGGGCCUGCUGGAGGUCUUCCUGGAGAUGCUGUUUGGACGACCUGUCGGCCUCGAGGAGGAUCUAGACUUGGAGGACAUGGAGACCAUCAGUCCCUUCAGGAAGCGUUGUAUCAUCCCAGUGCUGGGCUUAAUAGAGAACAGUCUGUGUGAGAACAGUCUGGUCCACAACGUGCUCUGUAUGCUACUGCAGCUCGUCAACGCCUGUCCCAAACUGGCUGACAUACUGCUGGACCACGGCCUGCUCUACGUCCUCUUCAACACCCUGUCGACACUCAACGGCAUGGAGCACGGUAUACCUCUGAACGACUACAAACUACUAGUGGUUGAUAUCCAACAGCUCUUGGUGGCGGUGACCAUCCAUUCCUGUUCUUCCUCUGGUGCUCAAUACUUCAGGAUCAUAGAGGACCUAAUCACACUGCUGGGCUUCAUGGAGACGUCCAAGAUGAAACGAACCCAGGAGAUGGCGGUGGCCCUGCAGUUCCGCGUCCUCCAAUCAGCUAUUGAGUUCAUAAAGACGACAGCUAAUCAGGACCCUCAGAAGCUGAGCAGCUCUGUCAACGUGCCCACCUCUUCUCACCAUGCCAUCUACCAGAAACGCAAGAGCAUCGCAGGUCGGCGUCGCUUCUCCCUGGCCCAGUCAGACAGCCUUCUGACCAGGAUGCGUUCUGUAGCCAGUGAUGAGCUGAACCAGAUGAUGCAGAGAAGAAUGAGUCAGGAGAACCCCAUCAGAGCAUCAGAGACUGAGUUCAUACAGAGACUACAGAGACUGGUGGUGCUGGCUGUCAACAGGCUCAUUUAUCAUGACGUGAGCCAAGACUUCUACGACCUGUUGAACUUCCCAGACUCCCGGACCACCACCUGACCCCUGACCCUGUCGACCACGCCCCCGAGGAGGACGGCUCCAUCCCCGGCUCAUCAGGCCACACCCCUGGCCCGCCCUCUCCCCUCCCCUUCCCCCUUCCCCCGGCCAACAUGAAGAGUUUCCAGAAAGACAUCCUCAGACUGAUGAUGGA